GGCGGCUUUUGCUGCCGUCCGCCGAAGCGGAGGCUCGAGAUCGCAAGAUCGGGCUGAGGUAACUGGAGCAGAAAAAGUGAGAGGAGGCGUCGUCCUCACUGCACGGGAGCUGAGGUUCCGUGUGAGCGCGGCCCGAGUGACCUCUUUCUGUGGACCACUGGCCCGGGUCUCCGCCAUUAUCACACGCGUUUCCCGGCAGCGUUGCGCCCAGAGGGUCCUAUGGCGACGAAGGCGCUGAAGGACCCGGCCCAGGUUCCCAUGGUAGCAGCAGCAUUUAUGGAGCCUUUACAGGGCCAUGUGACCUUUGAGGAUGUGGCUGUGCGCUUCUCCCAAGAGGAGUGGGGUCUCCUUGAUGAUGCCCAGAGAUGCCUGUACCAAGAUGUGAUGCUGGAGAACUGGUCACUUACAGCCUCCCUGGGUUGUUGGUAUGGAGUGAAACCUGAGGAGGCCUCUUCUGAGCAAUGUGCUUCUGUGGAAAGAGUGUUGCAGACCAGGACUCCAAAGGCAGUCCCAUCUAUCUCAAAGACUCAUUCCUGCAAUAUGUGUGUCUUGGUGGAGAAAGACAUUUUGUACCUGGCUGAGCACCAAGGAGUGCAACCUGGGCCAAAACCAUACGCUACUGGGGCUCGGAGGAAAUUGUUCUCAUUCAGUUCAUACCUACACCAGCAGCAGAAGCAGCACAGUGGAGAGAAAUGCAUCAGAAGGGAGGAGGAGAACAAGUCCCCCUAUGUGGACAGCUGCAAAAUCCUUGUGUCAGACAGUAGCUUCACAUGUGGAGAGGUUGAAAAGAAUUUCUUGGGUAACCUGGCCUUUCUCCAGCAUAAGGCCACCCAGAGUGGAAAGCAACCACAUAGAAGCAGGGAGAACAGGGAGGCCUCUCACACUCAGCAAGGGCAUUACAAAUGCAGUGAAUGUGGGCAGGACUUCAAGGAAAAUGUUAAAUUCAUGGAGCACCAGAGAGUUCACACUGUAGAAAAACCUUAUGAAUGCAGUGAAUGUGGGAAAGGCUUCACACGCAAACAUAGUCUUGUUGAGCACCAGAGAAUCCACACUGGAGAAAAGCCUUAUGCGUGUAGCAAAUGUGGAAGGUUAUUUUCACGCUGGUCCACCCUAAUUAUACAUCAGAAAGUUCACACUGGAGAAAGGCCUUAUGUGUGCAGUGAAUGUAGGAAAGCCUUCACCCGCAAACACCAUCUUGUUGUACACCAGAGAGUACACACUGGAGAAAAGCCUUAUGAGUGUAAUGCAUGUGGGACAUCAUUUACAGUCAGUUCUGACCUCAUUAAGCACCAGAAACUUCACACUAGAGAAAGGCCUUGUGAGUGCAGUCAAUGUGGAAAGUCCUUCACCUGCAAAAAAAUGCUUCUUGAGCACCAGAGAAUCCACACGGAAGAAAAGCCUUAUGAGUGUAACAAAUGUGGGAGGUUGUUUACACGCAGCUGGCAACUCUUAAACACCAGAAAGUUCACACUGGAGAAAGGCCUCAUCAGUGCAGUGAAUGUGGGAAAGCCUUCAUCCACAAAGAUCAUCUUCUUGAGCACCAGAGAAUCCACACUGGAGAAAAGCCUUAUGAGUGUAAUGAAUGUGGGAAAUCCUUUAGACACAGUUCUAGUCUUGUUUAUCACUGGAAAGUUCACACUGGAGAAAGACCUUAUGAGUGCAGUGGAUGUUGGAAAUCCUUCAUCAAGAAAAGUCAACUUUUCAAGCAUCAGAGAAUCCACGCUGGAGAAAAGGAUUAUGCACGUAACAAAUAUGGAAGGUUGUUUUCAUGCCACUCCAGCUUCAUUAAAAACCAGAAAGUUCAUACUGGAGAAAGACCUUAUGUGUGCAGUGGAUGUGGGAAGGCCUUCACCCGCAAACAAAAUCUUAUUCGGCACCAGACAAUCCACGCUGGAGAAAGGCCUUAUGAGUGCAGUGAAUGUGGGAAGACCUUCAUCCUGAAAAGGAAAUUUCUUGAGCACCAGAGAAUACACACUGGACAAAAACCCUGUGAAUGUGAUGAGUGUGGG